AUGCGGUACUUGGCCAACGGGCCAAAAAAUAUAGCUAUACGGAAAACUACCUACCAGAGUUCAUACAUCCAAGGGUACACAGACGUCGCUGUGCUUGCUGUAGAUGGCAACCGUCGCGCUAAUGGAGGAGGAUUCUGUAUAAUAACUGGUAUUAAUGAGCCAUACACGUGGUGGGAAGUAGACUUGGGAAGAGACUACUACAUACACAAGCUAGCUAUUUACUUCCGCACCGACAUUAAAGAUCGUAGAAACGGUGUUCGUAUAUACAGUUCAACAGAAGCCAACCAAGCAAAUACGGGUCACCUGUGUGGUGCGACCACUAUAAACAGUCUUGAUGUAACAACUGUUACAUGUGACAGUACAGCCAGAUACAUCACUCUCUACCGGGAACAAACAAACAAUGACGGCAGAAGCACAAUGGACUUUUGUGAAAUGGAAGUGUAUGUUUGUGAUGCUGGUACUUUCGGUGAUGACUGCAGCCAAUUCUGUCACUGUCGAGAUGGACCGUGUAACUACACAACUGGAUACUGUACAGGAGGAUGUAAACAAAACUGGACUGGCGCGAACUGUAAUGGUUGUGAUUCCAGUCACUAUGGUGACUUAUGCAGGAAACAAUGUUCCAGUAGACACUGUGACGGCAUAUCAUCAUGUGACGUCAACGGGACAUGUACAUUUGGAUGUGAUCCAGGAUGGAUGGGGACAGACUGUAUAGAAAAGUGCUCUGAUGGUCAAUAUGGAAAAGCUUGUGGAAAAUCAUGUGUGCAACGGAACUGUUUGGAUAGUUCCAGUUCCUGUGAUCACGUGACUGGGGAAUGUGCUGGCGGUUGUAACCGAGGAUAUCGGUCUGUGGAUUGUACCGAGCUUUGUUCUGUUGGAACAUAUAGCUACAACUGCAACGCGUCAUGUGAUGAUCGACACUGCAGUGGUAAUCAAGACUGUGGCAUUUUAUUUGGCACUUGUACUCAGGGAUGUCUGAGUGGCUGGGAAUUGCCAGAUUGCGCAGUUCGGUGUCGCGAUGGCACGUACGGACCUGGGUGUAAAUUUAAUUGCAGUGAAAAACACUGUAAAGGAGACAGCACGUCAUGUGAUGCAGAACACGGAACGUGUCUUAAUGGUUGUCAACCAGGAUGGAAGAAUCAAAGUUGUUCUGUAGCAUGUGACACAGGUACAUACGGCCCAGACUGUCGGUUAUCGUGCUCACAGAGACAUUGCCAGGAUGAAGCUGCCAGUUGUGACCAUAUCAGUGGUUCCUGUGGAGGUCCAUGUAAGGGUGACUGGAAGGAAAUAGACUGUACAGGAUGUACAGGGGCAUAUGGUCCAGAAUGCAGUUCAUCAUGCAGCGCCAGACACUGUAAAUCUGAUGACGCACCAUGUGAUCAUAUGACUGGAUCAUGUGAUGGACCAUGUGGUGCUGGUUGGCAAGGAGAUACGUGCACAGAUAAAUUAUAUUAUAAAAAGCGAGAGAAACUUACCAUUGCCCUCUUUUUCUCUCUUCCGUUUCCUCUUUAA